AGCAAAGUGAGAAGAGUACCCGUUGAAGAGGAAGACACUCAUCACUAUUCAAGCCAUAACUGACCAUGGACGCCCUGUUCGCCACAUUUGUAGUAGCCUUGGUAAUAGGUACGUCAUUUUUUUAUACCGUGUUUGAAACUACCGUAUUUGAAACUACCGUAUUUGAAACUACCGUAUUUGAAACUGCCGUAUUUGAAACUAUCGUAAACCUCGUGUAGAGAGUUUAAAUUGUAAAUGAUCAAAUGAGUAAAACUUGAAGAAUGCAUUUAGUAACUAUUUGAAAUAAUGUUUGAAGAUGUUUUGAAUUGUAAACUUGAGAGGGACAUGACUUGGUGAUUUUAGACGUUGAUGUAGUAAUGACUUAUUAAAACCCAAACAAUUUGACUGCGUGGAGCCGUUCGUCAGAGUAAGAUUUUGCGUAAUUUGUUGAAUUCCAUUAAACUGAUAAGGGAAACAAAUGCAAUCACACAUUUAACAUAGAGGCAAUAUUCAAUGACUUGAAUCUCAGAAUGAUUUUAGAGUGGUCUAGAGCGCAAUGGGCACAGGGGCUAAAUAUAUAUGUAGCUUCGGGGCUCUGGUUUGAAAAGGAUUUUGUUGUUGUUGUUGUUUUUGUUAUUUUUGUUGUUGUAGGGUUUGUUUUUUUGUUUUUUUUUUUAUUUGAAAGGUUUGCUGGUAAAAGUUUUAGAACCACUGGUGUAACUAUUGAAACAUGAUUAAAGUGAGGGAUUGUGUCCGGAUACAUUUUAAAAACGAAAACUCCGACCUUACGACUCCGCCACCACACCAGUCUCAGCUGUGUCCUGUGGUCAGAUGAUCGUUGAACAAAAUGUGAAGGGGGGAAAUGUCAACAUUUUGUUAAAAACGUUUCAGUUUUAUAUUUGUUUUAAAAAAUGGAUUCAACUGGUCGCAAAACGAAGCAAGAAAGAUUCGGCUCUUGACGACACGUAAUUGCUAAUCGCAAUGUUUAUUCUUUUGUAAUUUAAAAAAAAAAUGUCUGACAGUGUGGAACUUCUAGUAGAGAUAUCGUGUCCGGGAUUCUCAAACUUAGUUCCCUCGUGAAGUAUGUCAGAUAAUGAAUUAUGUGUAUACAUGUGUAUACACAAAUUAUAUGAAUCUUGGGAUUGUCCCGGUUUAGCUACGCUGUUUGCGGGCGGUUUGCCUUGUGUCCAGGUUUCAAUUUAAGAAAAUUAUUCCGUUUCUUAAUCUCUUACUCUUAGCUUCUAUUUUUAUGAAGCAAAUGUUGGUUAACAAACACAAUUGGAGCUUUAUUAUCCUAGCCAUCUGAGCGAACAUUUCGGAAUUAUGUCUAUGAGGCAGAGAAACGUCCAGUUUAAAAAACAUUGGAAAUGCUUGUUAACACCCCCACCCCACCCCAGUCAACCCACUCCCCACCCUCAUUUCAGAGAAAGAUAACAGAUACGCUCCUACUUCUGAACCAUUUGAACGAGUGUUUCAUGCACUAGAAAUACAAAUAUGUUUCAAAGGUUGUCUCCCUUAGCGUUAGUUUCAGACAUAUGACGGGGAGUAUGUUGCUGAUUUACGUCAAUGGUACGAUGAUGUAUGUCUAAUUGUUCAUCUCCCCGCCACCACACAUUAGCCCGGGGCUACGCUGAUCCGGUGAAGACUUACUGCCCCACCUUUCCCGACGGAAGCGACUACCACUCGGCAGACACCCUGAGCUGCAACAUCUUCUACAAGUGUUUCUACGGCAGCUGGAUCAAGUUUGACUGCCCAGCUGGUCUCGUGUUCAGGGCCGACACGAGCUACUGCGACUACCCAGAUAACUAUCGGUGCGGUAAGUAGAGCGAGGCUGGCUUCUGUGUUACGUUUCUUUUCCGCCGACAGGGCUCUAAAUGGCGCCAUAGACAACGUAUCUAGGAUUGUAGGGUCCUAAAUGGCGCUAUAGACAACGUAUCUAGGAUCGUAGGGCUCUAAAUGGCGCUAUAGACAACAUAUCUAGGAUUGUAGGGCUCUAAAUAGCGCCAUAGACAACGUAUCUAGGAUUGUAGGGCUCUAAAUGGCGCCAUAGACAACGUAUCUAGGAUUGUAGGGCUCUAAAUGGCGCUAUAGACAACAUAUCUAGGAUUGUAGGGCUCUAAAUGGCGCCAUAGACAACGUAUCUAGGAUUGUAGGGCUCUAAAUGGUGCCAUAGACAACGUAUCUAGGAUUGUAGGGCUCUAAUGGUGCCAUAGACAACGUAGCUAGGAUUGUAGGGCUCUAAAUGGCGCCAUAGACAACGUAGCUAGGAUUGUAGGGCUCUAAAUGGCGCCAUAGACAACGUAGCUAGGAUUGUAGGGCUCUAAAUGGCGCCAUAGACAACAUGGGACGAUUCCAGCGUAGAAUCCGAUUUAAAAGAGAAAAAAAUUUUUCCGGAGACGCCCAUAACAUGGCGAAGUGGAAGUGGCAGUGGAAGUGUAAGUGGAAGUGGCAGUGGAAGUGGCAGUGGAAGUGGCCAUUGUUAUCAUCCUCUGAAUCUACCCUUUCUCCCCCAAAUAAUUGUUUAAACUUAAAUGGGGUUUUGGAGAACCGUUAUUUUCCAGUGAUUAGUGGUUGAUGAGAUACUAAAUAAUGUAUAGAAAAAAAAAAAAGGGGGGGGGGGGAAAGAAGGUUUCGCCCAACUAAAGACUGUCAAGAAUGAGUAGCGUUGAAGUUGAAGUAAAUCAUCCCUGAGAUUUAAUAUGACAGAUAGUCUUUAUUGGAAUCGGCAAAAUUGAAUGAAUUUUUUAUUUGGACAUGUUUUUGAAAGGUAAAAAAAACAUGUCAGCUCUUAACAAAAAUGUCUGACGUCAUAUAUGUGCCAGAUAUUCCAAUUUGAAUAUUGCUUUAUGGAAUUAUCUCUGAUUACUGGGUUUUUGUUUUUUUUAAUAUAUAAAUGAAGCUUUUGAAUGCAUGGUUUGUUUCGUUAAGGUGCAUUAAUAUGUUGAAAUAAAUCCAUAAACAGAAAUAUGUCCGGUUCCAUGUGCUACGACCGGUACGUGCGAUGCUGCCAAUUCAAAAUGUGUUUGUAGUACGGGUUACGGUGGUGCAGAUUGCAGUGUCGGUGAGUUAACAUUAGUUUACUUUUCCCAAAUUUUAAUGAUAGUGUUAACUUUUUUUUUUGGUGGGGGUUGGGGGGGGGGAGUAAUUUUAACAUUAAAAAAAAUUAUCUGGCAUCCUUCUAUCUUUAUUAAAGAGAUUUUUUAAAUUUUUGCUGAAGUGUCUCCUGCGACCCUAACCCUAACCCUAACCUAACCCUAACCCUAACCCUAACCCUAACCUAACCCUAACCCUAACCCUAAACCUGGCAAAUGUUUUUUAUGGAGAUCCGACUCGUCCACGACGCUGGUACACCCAAUGGUCAAUAUGAUGGAGACAAGGUGCAUAAACAUUUGAGGAGUUGCCUGGAAUUUUCAUUGAGUACAAUAUCCUAACCCACCAUGGCUUAUGGGAAUACCAUCUCCAGAUUUUUCUGCGGGGUUAUGUUAACUCAUGUAGCUUUAAGCCAUGGGGUUUAUAGCCGAAAGGCAGCAUUCUUGGCAUCUGCUAUACUAGGGACCAUAUCUCCAAUGAAAAAGUGAAAAAAAGGAUUCGUCAAGCAAUUGGGCAGUGCGAUGACCUCCUGGUGACUGUCAAAAAAAGCAAACUGGAAUGGUAACGUGACAAGGAAACAAGGGCUCGCCAAAGAAAUCAUGCUGGGCAUUACGAGAGGAGGGAGAAGAAGAGGAAGACAGAGAAAAAGAUGGGAUGAUAACAUCAAAGAGUGGUCUGGGCUAAAACUAGGCGAUGCCGUGCGAAGUGCAGAAAACAGAGAGGAAUGGAGAAGGAUAGUUUCCAUGUCAUCUGUGGCGCCCCACAACGGUCCAAGGACCAAGGGACAUGAUGAUGAUGAUGAUAAAGCCAUACAAUUUGAUGUUAAUUAUUUUAGAUUAAACUUCUUGUUUAUGCACAUGAUAAUAUUUCAUUAAAGUGAAUGACACUGUGACCAGUUAUGGGUGGGUUUGGGGGGGAGGCUGUCAACACAAGGACAAUCAGUGGUGUAUAGGGUUAGAUAUGAAAGAAUCACAGAGCCAGAUCAGUACAGCUGUGAGCGUUUUGAAUUCUAAGCAUUGCAUUCAUUACACUACACCAGGGGUCUCCAAACUACGGCCCGCGGAGACCUUUAGCAAACGGAAUAAAAAAUUACUCAAAAGUCCGUGUAUCCUGACAAGAUCAGACGCCGCUUACGUGGACGUUAUGUUUUUACCGAAUUAAAAUAGAGGCGCGCAGUAGUGCGUUAUGUUUUCUAACCGAUCAUUACUUAGCAAAAUCUUAUUCGCUGCUUAGUUUUUUUACUGCCGUUCACAGUCAAUGAAAUGACAUGUAGCGGCGGGACUUUGCCCGCCGUGCUGCAGACAUGGGUGAAAACAUUGUGACUCAAAUAUCGAAAAAUGCAAGCAAGUUUUCACCAUUUUUUAUUUGCAAUUGAUGAAUCGCUGGACAGCUGUUCCACCUCUCAACUGCUUGUGUUCGUUAGGAGUGUUGUUGAAGACAUGAACAUAACACAAGAUCUAUACACCUCUUAAAGGCCUUCAGAUCCAAACUCGUCUUGUUUUUGGAACAAGUACAGGCCAACAACUUGUAGCAGUGGACGGUCUUCAUGGCUGAAGCAACAGCGGAGUUCCCCACGUCAUUUGCAUGCGAGAUCAUCAAAGACCCCCAGCUGCAUUUUCAGCAACGGUUUUCUGACUUGGAUUUAAAGGCAGAAGAAGUGAGACUUUUUCAAAACCCAGUUGAAACAGAUGUGGCCAGUUGUCCAGAGGAUCUGCAGCUGGAGGUCAUUAACUGAAUGAAAUAAUAUUAUAUAAAUAAUUAAAAACAACAUCCAUGUUUUGAUUCUGUUUUUUUUGGACCUCGAGUGCAGUGAUUAUUUCAGAAAAUUUCACCCGGCCGGGCGGGGAGGGGGGGGGUAGAAUUUUAGAUUUGCGGGGGGUGGGAGGGGCAGUGCCAGCAAUGAGUUGAUUCAUUGUUGGAAAUAAUUUGCUUCGGGGCGUGGGGGCACUUGGCUUUCCCUCGGGGAGGGGGGGAGAGGCAUUUCCCUGGGGGGGGGGAGGCUAAGAUAAUGCUGACAGAAACCAUGCUCGAGUGUGCAAUCGGCCCGCGAACUACUGUUUGAUAGUUAAUGCGGCCCUCGGGCUGAAAAGUUUGGAGACCCCUGCACUACACGCAGGAUAAAAAAAAAAAUGAUCGAUUAUUUGUCUUCAGAUAUUGAUGAGUGCUCUGCAAAAACUGCCACCUGUUCUCGAAUUUGUACCAACACUCCAGGCUCCUACAUAUGUAGCUGUGAUCCAGGCUACACCCUAUCAGCUGCUGGUUAUUGCUCUGGUAAGUUAGGUUCCUUUCUCUUUACUGCUCUGACUCUUUCAUAAAACCGGUACCAGCAUUUUUAGUUCUUAUUAGUAAUAAGCUAACAUGGUAUGAACACGGCUAAAUUCUGUAUAAAUUCAACCAAGUGUUGUUUUUUUUAAAAAACAUUUGGCAUUAGAAAAAAAGUUAUUAACAUAUUCUGCAGUGCAACAAUUGGACGCCGACGCCGACGGAACUUCAGUAUUACCCGCUGGUGUGGAAAUUCAUCAUCUGACAUCUAACACCGACUAAUUAAACUAACCAAGAAAGCUAGUAAUACCACACAAACUAAACAUCAUUCACUCGAAAAACCAUUUGAAUUGAAGAAAAAUGCUGUAGUGUAGUGAAACAAAAAAUUGUUAGAUAAUGCAUCCUACCCUCUUGAUCCCAGAUACGUAAGAUCAGCUUGAUCAGGGCGAAUUUUUUCCUUUAAAGUUAGGGGCCGGAAGAUGUAAAAAUUAUUUUGUUCCCAGUGUGUGCUCCUACCAGUGGUUACCAAAUCUAAAUUAACACUAAUUUACUCAUUAUUGUGUAGUGAUGGCUGAUUUUUACGCUAGACAAAUACUUUAGAUGUCUUGUAUUUGAAUUGUUAUAUAAUUAUAAAAUGUUUUGUAUUUUCAAUUGUAUUGGUUAAAAACAUGUAGGCCUAUUUAUUUUUGUGCUGAAGAAAAUGAACAUGUCUUAUCUUAUAUUUAUAUCAAAAAAAUUCUUUUAGAGUUAGAGACCUAAAUAAUUGAAUUUAUUAAUAUGUAAAAUUCACAAAUUUAUUUUGAUUAUUUGCUUAUAAAUUCAGUGUUGAUUUUUAAUUAACCAAUAACACCUAGUAAUGUUUAGUACAAUCAAAUAGUCUGAGUAAGACUUCAAGAACUGUCAUUAUAUUAUGUAGAUUGUUAUUAAAAAAAUUUUUUUUUCUCUAAAAUAAUAAUAUGAAUUGUCAUUGAAAUAGCAUUAAUUUCUUACAAAGGUAACUUAACUGCAAGACUGUUAAGCUAAACUAAUGUGUGGAUCUUUUCCCAAUAAUGGGUUGUAAUAAUUUUAAGGUAUCCAUGCCAUUUAUUUUUAUGAUCAAGUAAACACUAAUUAUUGACUUCAAUAUGUUCUAAAACCCAACAGACAUCAAUGAGUGUGCUCUAAAUACUGAUAACUGCCCUGCCGGUUGCUUCAACACACCAGGUGGCUAUACGUGUGGCUGUCCAGCAGGCUACAACACAGCUGCUGAUGGCCAGUGUGUAGGUGAGGGUCUUAAAUUUAAUUAAACUUACGCUUUAAAGUACAAUUUUAUCUUAAGUAACGUAGAGUAAAUUUUAAAAAAGAGGGUAAUAACUGCUUUCAAAUGUAAGUAAACAACCCCCAAAAUACAAAAUUUUUCAUAUAAAUCCUUUAUAUGUAUUUUUGUUUGUAGGGCCUAUGUUACAUAUAAUAUGUCUAAUGAUACAUGAUUUAUCAUUUAUGUUAUUUUAGAAACUGAGUUUUGGUGUGGGAAUGGUUUUUAUCAAAAUAUGUGCAUGUAAAACCUAAUAAACUAAAAAUUUAUUGAAACCCAAAGAUGUCACAAAUACAAAACACAUAGCAACAGCUGCACUAUUAAUCUCCACACCAAAGCACACACGCAUUUAAAAAUCACAUUUCAUAUUUCAUUCAUCUUCCCUUGGAAAAACAGGAGAAACUGAUCUUGGGGGUUGGGGUGGGGGUGGGGCUGAAAGUUUGAUAGAAUGUGAUGUCAUUGGCAACAAGUCUAUGUGCCAAGUUUCAGCUCGAUAGGAUGAUGGGAAGUGGGUCAGUUAGCCUUCCGAAGUGUUUUGCCUGAAACACAUGAACAAAAGUGAAUUUAAAUAAAUGAUUUAAAUAUAAGCCUCAUAUCAUUUGUGUACAGGCAACUUUAAAAAAACAACAACAUAAAAUGGAUGAAAUAAAUCAAAUAGUUUAAUUAUAACAUUGUGUCAACCAAAUAAAUUUUAAUGCUAAUGAAUUGUUACAUUUAACACCCUUUUAGAUAUUGAUGAGUGCACUACAGGAUCAGAGACAUGUGCGGAUAUCUGCAACAACACUCCAGGAAGUUAUACUUGUGACUGUGGUACUGCUGGGUAUAUACUUUCUGCAGAUGGCAGAAGCUGUGAAGGUAUUUUGUGUUUUUGUUUUAAGUUUACUUAUGUUCCUUGACAGAAUGGGGGGCUCACCGGUUGAAGUAACAGAGUGGGGUGCUCACCAGUUACCUUAACAGAAUGGGGUACUACUGGCUGCCUUAACAGAAUGGGUAGCUCACCGCAAGGCAAAGGAGGAGGUUUUGAGGACAAAGUUCUUUUUCUCUUAGAUGAGCAAUCAUCCAUGUUUGAUGAUCCCAUAAUAUAUGAAAUGUCUGGAGUUGUAUUGAUUUGUUUUCUGAUGGGGCUUUGAAAUCCAGCUCAAUAAUAUUGUGUGUUAUGGUCUAGGGCUGACACACUUGGCCACACAUUCAGCCAAAAUAUAACUUUAUGCACUUUCAAACAUGGUUCAUAAGAAAGGGAAAUACUAUUUUUAAAAGCUUUGGGGAGUGAGGUUAAAAAAAGAUGGUAUGGAGACCACAUAUGCAAACAGCAAAAUCUAAUGCAAAUUUUAUUUUGACUGUCAUUUAGUUAUUGCAAAUUUUAUUUUGACUGUCAUUUAGUUAUUGCAAAUUUUUUUUUUUUUUUUAUAUUAGAUAGGUAUUUAAAAUUUGUUUUGAAUACUUAACAAUUAAUUUUUAAAACUACAUAGCUGUUUCAAAUUUAGUUUUUGAUUACUUUAAAGCUAAGCUAUCCAUAAACACUAUUUAACUUAUAAGAAUUCUGUGAUUAAUUUCAGCAAUACCUGGCCCCAAAAUUACUUGUUCCCCAUCCUGUCAGAAUGGAGGGACCUGUGUGCUUAACCCGGCCACAAACACCAAUAUUUGCCAAUGCGAGUUUGGCUUCAUUGGCACAGCUUGUGAAAUCUGUAAGUGUUUUUUUGUUAUUCUUUUGUCUAUAUCUUAUUUCUUUAUCAUCAAGUAGAUUUAUUACCUACUUAAAAUAUUUAAAUGAUAUCCUCAUCACAAAUAAUAGUUCUCUAUGUGUGUAUGCAUGGUUGUAUCACUGUGUUCAAUAGGCGGGCUAGAUAAAAUUCCCAGAGUUCAGCAUUUUAAUUGAGAUUCUAAUAAAGUGUGUUACUUGAAUGCAUAUGUUGUCAAGGUACGGAACUCCAUGCACAGGCACCACCAUUUUUUGGUUGGUUAUUUUAUAGUAUUUAAAUAAUAUCCUCAGAAACAAGAAGCUCUGUGACUGGGCAGAGCUGUUUUAUUUAACAAAUUUUACAACUGAGCAGAACUAUUUUACUAAGAAAGCUGUUUUAUAUAAGAAGUUUGGUGAUUGAGCAGAGCUGCUUUUUUAAGAUGUUUUGCAAAUGAUCUGGCUGUUUUACUAAGAAGUUUUUAGAAUGAGAAAGGCUGUUUUACAAAGAAUUGCAUGGACUUAUCCUAUCAAUAAUAAGUUGAGAUUUCAUAUCUUUUACCCUCAGUUAACUUGUGUGCUCCAAUCAACUGCCAGAAUGGAGGUGUGUGCUCCAUUGUUGAUGGCCAAGGAAUGUGUACUUGUCCGCUGGGUACAAGUGGUCCACAGUGUGCGACAGGUACGGACACAACUGAGAUUUCAUUAACCAUUGCAAGUAAACAGAAAUAAUAACCCAGUCCCUUUAAAGACAUUACCAUUCAAGAUCUCCAGAUCUCAUUAAACCAGAGGGAAUAUUCCCUUCUACUCCUGGAGAAUGCCCGUUAGCCAUUAUUUGUUCUCUAGGCUAACAGACACAAGUGCAGUACUUGGGUGUUUAAUAGCUGGAAUGAACUUACGGAUAUUUUUUUUAGACUUACAAAAGCACUAAAUUGAAACACCAUUUUUUUAAUGGUUUCUCCCUUUAAUUAAGCAGAGUGGGCAGCAAAAAUUAUGGACCGAGUACUAAUCAAUUUGAUGGGCUUUAACUUCAAAUUGUUACAUAUGGAGUUUUCAUUCUUUGGUUGGAAACCUUAUUCUUUUCAUUGACCUUGAAUGAAGAGUUCCAUGUCUUCGAAGCAUAAUGUUUUCAGAGCCUUAACUGGCUCAUUUCUGAAGUGUUUUUUUGUUCGUUGUUUUUUUAAGUCUCUAAAGAACAAUGUUUUCAACUACAUUUAAAGGAGGAACAAAAUAUAAAAAUCCCUAUUCAGAUUUACUUCAUCAUCCAUGGUUUUUUUUUUGGUUUUUUUACAAACCAUUUUUAUUUUGGUGUUUAGUUUAUAUUAUGAAGUUUUUUCCUUGGAUGGUACAAUCUUUCACAGUUGAUCCGAACUUCAACCCGUGUCAGACAUCUGGUAUCACCUGCCUUAACGGUGGCCAGUGUGUAGCCAGGAAUGGUGUGGCCACAUGCCUCUGUGCAUCUCCAUACAUAGGAUCCUAUUGUGAACAGACAGGUGAACAAAUUUGUCAAACUCUUUAAUACUCUUUGUCAAUGCCGAGCUGCAAAAAACAAAAUAACAAAACAAACAAACAAAUUAUGCACAGAACUACUAAAUGUAGAGUCAGAGAAUAACAUUAACAUUAUAUCACCAAAUGUUAAGCAGAAAUAAAUUAUUUUUGCAUUUUUGCUGUUAAAAACCUUGAUGCAGGGUACCAAAUAAAAGUGAGGCUUCUCGCUAUAAGUAAAUUUGAUUGGCUAGAUAACAAAUACCAUUUAGAAUAAACAAAAAGGUAAACAUUUUGUGUCGUGUUAAUUAUAUUGGUGCGUUUGGAGGCAUAACUUGUGUGUUUCACUACCUUACUAAAAUAAAAGCGUUUUCAUUGGAAAAAUUGGAAUGGUUUAAUGAUGCACUAUUGGUGAAAUGUUUCGUGUUUCAAUGAGGUUUAUUAAAUUCUGAGAUGUUAAUAUUUACUUAAGUUUGUUAAAUAUAUAUAGUAAAUAUGCUGCUAAGAGUAAUGUUGUAAUUUUCCUCUCCAUUCAGGCACUGUGAUUCCUCCUGACACAUGCAAUCCCAGCAUCCUCUGUCAAAAUGGUGGCAAGUGUGUUCAGGUCAACAAUGCUCCAACAUGUUUCUGCCCUCAAGGAUAUGGUGGUCUGUACUGUGAAAUAGGUGAGUCCAUUGGUGGUCUUUGCUGUGAGAAAGAAUCUUUAACUUUGGUUAAGUUUAUUUGCAGUGUCUGUUCGGUAUCAGAGAAUUUUUUAAUAUAAACUUUUACCAAGCAUAAUAUAAUCCAUUUGAUCUAUGAAUAAUUAAUUAUUAUAUAACCUAACAAGUGCAAUGAAGAGAAAAAAGAAUUUGAUGUAGAAAGUAGGCUAUUGAUUUAAAAAUGAAAUAUGGAUUUAUGAAUUCAAAUGAUUUUGUCAUAAUGUGAUAAACAAAAGGAAAUAAUCUACUUAUAUAAGAUAUCUCAUCUGUUGUUUAUUAUAUUAUAUCUGUCUGUAUCCUUUUUUAGAACAGGGGAUUGUGUAAGAAAAUAUGCUAUUUUAGUCAAAUAAUCUCAUGAGGUAACAUUUUCUUAUUUGUUUUCAAUGAUACUUAAAUUUUCCCGAUUAGCCUUGAACCCAUGUUGUUACAUCUCCUGUCAAAAUGGUGGACAGUGUGCUUAUUCUUCUGGCUAUCUUACAUGCUUGUGUCCCAAUGGUUACACUGGACCUAGGUGUGAGCAAGGUAAAAACAGAUUUUCUUAUUAACCUUUCUUGGCAAAUCAUCAUGACAUUUUUAUGAGUAAUAAAUUCCAGGAUAUUUUUUGAACCCUUUUCAUACAGGCUGGAAAAAGUCCACACUAUUAUGCUUUAAAGUAACAAGAACAUUUCUUAUCUUAGUUUUGCUUACCCUAGGUUGAAGAUUUUUUUUUUUUAGCAUUAUCAAUUGAUAUUGAUCUAAUCAAUGAGCAAUAAAUACUACCAAGGAAAAAAUAUUAAUUAAUUUAAAAUGGAAUUAGGAGUGCCCUUGUCAACUAUAGUUUCAUCAAUUAAAUAUUUAAAUUUUACUGGGAAUCAUAAUAUUAGUUUGUGUAGGUAACCGAGGUAGUGGAAAAAUACCUUCAAUGGUUUACGUUGUCUUAUGUACCCUGUUUACUCAAAUUGUUUACCUGAUGUAUUGCAGUAACUGCAUGCCUGGGUUACACAUGCCAGAAUGGUGGUCAAUGUGUGCUCAAUGGAGGUUUGCCAACAUGUAACUGCCCAGAUGGAUAUACAGGAGCCAAAUGUGAAACUCGUAGGUUUAUAAAAUUAUUUGAGGCUAAAAACUCUAUUUCAUUCCUUGUGUUGGAGAUGAAAAAUUUUUUUUUUUUUUUUUUUGGCGCCACAUUAUUUCUUGCCUUACGAAGUUGAUUUGCCUCAUUUAAAAAAAAAAAAUAGGUGUGAUUCACAAUCAUUUCACAAUGUUAAAAACAUUUAAAAUUACAUUAAAUGAUAUUUUUAAAACCACCUUUCAUGUGUGGAGAAUUGAGACAAAAGUUUCUUUGUAAAAUUGAGUCAUACAUUUUUUUUUGCCAAUGCUAUAAUGUAAAGCCAUAUUAUUUCAAGUUUUGCUAAAAACAAUUUUAAGAUAAUUGAAAAAUGACUUUACAACGAUAAGGAUUUAUGAGGUAAGUAAAAUACAAUUUGUUUUUGAUAAGGAGCAUCAUCUUAAUGGCAUUGUGAAGGCUGUCUUUUUUUUAAAUUUUUAUUAUAACUUUGUAACGGGCUUUAAGCCUUUGGGGAUGAAGCGUGUUUUUGAAAUAAACUUUAUUAUUAUUAUUAUUAGAUGCUUAUUAUAUUGAUUUUUGUUUUAAUCUAUUAAAUUUAUUUAUGACUCAAUAAUUUUUAUCUACAUAUUAUUUUCAAGAGAAAACAAAAUUAAAAUCUAUAUCCUAUUUUAAACUACAUUUAACCUAUUCUAUGCUUAGCUGACCCAUGUGGCAAUGUGGUGUGUUUAAAUAAUGGCGUUUGCAAGGUGGGAACUCAAGGGGACCUCACUUGUGAGUGUCCUACCGGCUAUACUGGAUAUUUCUGUGAGCUCGGUAAGUUACCGGCACCACCCAUUAAGUAAACAUUUUAUUAUUUCCAUUUGCUUUCUUGAAAAACACUAAUAAUUUUUACCUGCCAGUUUUCACUUUUAAGGAGGUGGUAGAUCUAAAAGAACCAUUAUUUUAGAGUUAUAACAGUAAUCAAAAUAAAUCAAGAAUGUAUUCUCUAGUUAAAUAUUGUCACUCAGUUUAGGAUUUGUUUGUCCUAAUAAAAAAUAAUCAUACAUAAAUAAACAAACAUCUUAAACCAAUGUUGGUCAGAAUGAAGCAUAAUUUUUAUUUAUGAGAGAAUGAGAUGAUCAAUGUUAGAAAUAAUUUCAUCCUGACAGAGGUGGACUGCAGCAAGCUGACUUGUUUGAAUGGAGGGCAGUGUGGCAUCAUUGACAACCAGGCUGUAUGUGACUGUCCUACUGGCACAUCCGGAGAAUUCUGUGAGAAAAGUAGGUAGUUGCCUCUAACAGCUUGUCAACAAAUUUGGACAUCAAUUUCAAUACACAUAUUCUAAUAAUUUUUAUAAAUUGUUUCAUUACUAUGUCCAUGACAUUUGAAGAUUAGAAAAAUGACCAGACUUUCAAGCAAAUACAAAACAAAAGCUUUUUUCCCCACCCACCAUAGUGCAAAAUUGCAUCAGCAUAGCAUAUAAAUUUAUAAAUCAUUAAAAAAAAAGGUAUUUCAACUGUUUGUAAAUUUGACAAUUUACAAUUUCAAGUGAUCUGAUGUUUAAAUAUAAACACACGAAAUUCAUAAAUUUGACAUAGCUGAAAUAGGGAGCAGGUAGCUGUAUUAUUUUCAUUAUAUGAUGCAGCCAUAUGCUAUGCUACUUGAUGUAGGCCUACCAGACAAAAGCUAGUUUCUUUAAAUCCAUUGCAAAGCGGCAAUAAUUAAAAUAUAUAACGACUAUAAUUAAAUCCAGCUGAAACUGGAUAGGUUUCCUAGUAAGAUUAAAUAUCAGGUAAAUGUUGUUGAAAGACAAUAAUCUUAAACAAUAAUCUUUAGGCCACAUGCUAAAAUAAAUAAGGCAAAAUUUAAAAAAAACUUUUCACCUAUUUGAAUGGUUUAUACAUUUAAGAAAGAAAUGUAUGCUUAGAGCUAAUUCAUAAAGUCUUAUUAUUUACAUAGUUAUUGCACUGACACUGUUACACUGAGAUUGUCAACUUCUUUAGUAAUGUACCGGUACUGUAUAUUUUUCAGUAUCAAAAACUUUGUUAGGCCUUAUUUCAUCAAAAAAAUAUGUAAAUCUUAAAGGUUAAACUUAUGAAAAUUUUAAACUGGGUAUUGAAAUUUGUGGAUUAUUUGGUUGUCAGGAGCUGCUUGUGGUGCCAAAGAUUCUCCGUGUCUGAAUGGUGGACAGUGCACAGAUUCUGAACAAGGAUUUGUCUGCACCUGCACCUUUGGCUGGACAGGAGCAAAUUGUCAACAGAAGCGUGAGUCUGAGCAUUGUAGCCAGCUUAGCUGAUAAAUUAAUUUCAAUUGAUUGAUUAAAGUUCAAUAUUUUUAAAAAACAUCUUUUAUCCUGAACUUUAAAUAUGUAUACUUUGAAUAAUAUUUUAAGAAAAAUUUAUGUCUCCAUAAUUCUGCCCAAAAUAACUUCAAAGAAGAGUAAUUAUUUCUCUAACUAAGAAUUGUAUUUUAUUGAAAAUCAACUUUAUUUUUAUAGUUAAUAUACCAUGCAUAAACUACAAUGGACUUGUCAGAUUAUUUUUUUUUUUUUGACUCGGAGAUAUUUAAUAUUUUUAAGCAAUGAUUUUCUGUUUUAUUUCAAAAAGUGCUUUUUUUUUUUUUCAUUGCCAGGAACAUGUGCCACUAGCCUCAUUCAGUGUGAAAAUGGCGGCCAAUGUACUGACACUGCAGAUGGAGCUAAGUGCAGCUGUCCUUCGAGUUAUACAGGCUCUUACUGUGAAACUGUUUUGGGUAAGAAUAGUAAACAAUUUCAUUUGAUCUAAACUUAGAGCAGUAGUUUUCAACCCUUUGGGGACAAUAUGUCCAGGGCCUCUUGAGAACUUCAGAAAUAUUUUUUGAAAAUGUUUAAUGUGCAUUUUUAUCUUUUUUGUGCCUCUUGUCAUUUUUAAAUUUAAAUAAUAUUAUUUAUAGUGAUCAGGCUUGUUUCUUAUUAUCACUACAGCACUGUGACUAGAGUACAACUACAUCUAGGAUUCAUUCAGUAGAUGUCUGCAGUUAACAUUUUCUAUUAAAUUGAGACUUUCAUAUAAGUUACUUAAAUUAAUUAUAGAAUUUUGAUUAGUCACAAUACAUUUGACAAUAUACAGUCAGUUCAUAAUUCCCCCCCCCCCACUAAACAAAAAAACACUUCACCUCUUUUUACACCUGUUCCUCUUUUUCAAGUAAUAUUACUGUUGUUGGAUUAACAUUUUCUAUUAAAUUGAGACUUUCAUAUAAGUUACUUAAAUUAAUUAUAGAAUUUUGAUUAGUCACAAUACAUUUGACAAUAUACAGUCAGUUCAUAAUUCCCCCCCCCCCCACUCAACAACAAAACACUUCACCUCUUUUGACACCUGUUUCUCUAUUUCAAGGAAUAAUACUGGUGGUGGGUCACUACAAUAUAGCAACUGUUCUCCAGGAGUUCAUGUACUAAAAAGGUUGAGAGCCUCUGAUUUUGAGAUUUGCAAUAAUCAGUAGGUUUUAUCGGUUUAAAAAAAAAAUUAUUUAUAGAGAUUUUUUUUUGUUGCUGCAAUAGAAAACUAAUUUUUUUCCAUCUUUUUUUCUGUUUAGAUGGGUGUGGUGGCUGUCAAAAUGGUGGUGUUUGCAAAGUGUCAGAGAUUUUCCCAAUAAACAGUACAGAAAAGUCAUGCGCUUGCCCAGCAGGCUUCACGGGAGCACUGUGUGAAACAGCUGCAGGUUUGAUUUCAUGUUAUGUCUGUACUGUAAAGAGCAAUGUCUAUUUGAGUGGAGAUCUUUGUACUACUGGGAUUCUUUAUUUAAAUAAAAUAACACCCCAAAAGCUAAUAAUAAGAAUCAAAUAUCUUGAGAUUGAUCAUAAGAAAGAUAAAGUGCAGCUAUGAAAAUAUUUAAAAUAAUAACAUAUAGCCUGCACACUGCUAACUUACAAAGUAAAAAAACAAAAAAGAUAUGGUAAUAUUUUUUAAAAAUUUGUAUGCAUUUUUUUGCUUCAAAUGAUUCAGCAGUGACGCUAAUAAAAAUAAGUUUUAAAAAUGAAUUAUGCUUUUAUCUUUAAAAAUGAAUCUUUAUCUAACUUUGCUGAAGAUUGCACAAUUCCUUGUUCACCACUGCUUGGAAAGGGAGGUGAUCGCUACCAGGUGCUUGUUUUCCCUGAUCUGACAUCCCCUAAUCAUGUGUAUGUGUGCAGAGAAGGACUGCUUCAGAGAGUCAAUUCUUGCCCUGAUACCAGGUAUUUUCGUCGAAUUUAUUGACUUCCUGUAACUAAUAAAAAGAUGCUGGAUUUUUAUUUUAUGUGAGAUACAUGACAUUUUUUUAUUCGGCAUCAAAACUGGAACUUAACUCAGUAUUUUUUUUUUAUUUGGAGAUACUCAGAUCAAUCUGGUGCAUUUUCUCAUGGUGAUUGUUAAUACUUUUGUUUUUCUUAGGGACUUGUACCCAUUCUAAUUCUUUUCUUUCUUGUUUAGGUAGGAUAUCAAUAUAUAUAUAUAUAUAUAUAUUCAUAAAUAUAUAUUAUGUAAAGUUAAUUUAUAUGAAUGCUUUUUUGUUGUACUUAAUAAGGCAUUUGCUGAAACAUUUGUAUUCUGUGUAACCAUUAUUAAAGCUUAACCUGUAUUGUUUUAUUUACACAAAUCAUUUGUGUCUCAUUAAUCUACUUCAAAGCUUUAUCGCAGUCUAACAAUCUUACAAUAUUUUAAGUUGAUACAGUCAAUAUUUCUGUCUUCUUCUCUCUUCUUUAUUUUAAGUGCCCACGAUCAAUGUAUCAAUCAUUCUAGCUGCUAUAUUUCUAUGGCUUUAGUGACUAAUAUUAUGAGAACAAAGUUUUUUUUUUAUUUGUUGAAUGAAGCUGCAAAAUAAAAUGGAGAAUAUUAUUAACAUAGUUACAAAUCCAUCCCAGAAGAUAUCAUAUUCGCAACUCAUCUUCAGGUACAAUAUCUACACAACUGGCUGUCUGACCAAUGACCAGAUGAUACAAGCCACCCUUACAUGCCAAAAUAACUACUACCCUCAGUAAGCCAGGGCUGGAAGAGCAAGGAAUCAUCUUCAAUCCAAAGAGUUUGAAAAUGCAUACAGACUAUAGAUCACACUUUUUUUUGCAAUAAUAAACAUCAACCAGCAUUUUCUCAUACUGAUAAUAACAAAUAAAAAUUAAUUUUUUUUAAAAGAAUUUUAUUCAUGUUUUGAAAAUUUUAUAUUUACUUUGAUAUAGCAAAAAUAAUUUUUAACGGUGACAGAAGCUUAUGUAUAGAAUGCUGAUUUAAAAGAAGAAAAAUAAUUGAAAUUAAAUUGUAUUUCUAAUGUUUCUUGUCCUAAUAAAAUAAAGAAAAUUUAGGAUACAAAAAAAUCUGUUAUUUAAUGCAUUUUGGCGCAAAUAAUAAGUUUUCUUAAAAUUUGACAAUAUUGUUUUAUAUAAAGCUAUAGUCUAUUUUUGUUCAAUACAAAUUUACAAAACAGCAUUAUUAUUAUUAACUCUCUUUGUUUAAUGAAAAAAUUUGAAGAUUUUCAUGUAGUAGAGCAGGGGUGGACAACCUUAUGGUAAUAUUGUGCCAAAGUAAGAUGUCUGCCUAAAUCAGCUUGCCAUAAAACUGUUAACUCCCUCAUAAGUCUCAUUUUAGUCAUUUAUUUGGUCUGUCGCCUGCCACUGAAAAUUGUUUGUAGCCAAGGCAUAUUUGCCGACCCCUGAAGCAGCAAAAUGAUCUGUAACAUGUUCAAUUUAGUCAUUUUUCUUAAUCUGUAGUGCAUCAUUUGAUUUAUAUUGUCAUCUGGGAAACAAAAUAUGUAACUCAAAGAAUUUAUUACUUCUCAUAAUUGAAAAUAUUAAUUUUUUUUAAAAAGUUUUCAC